GGUCGCUUCACCUUGUUGUACAAAACUGCCCUUCUCUGUUAUCUUGUCAACACAUUUUCAUCUGCAUCACCGUCUGGGCAGCAAUGGCGCCCACCAAGCAGGUAUGGUACAACUGGUACGCCGGCCUCGUGGCAGCAGGAUGUAUGAUCCUCAUGGGCUACGACUCGAGCGUCUUCAACUCGGUGCAGGCGUCGGAGAAUUGGAAAUCAGCCAUGUCCUACCCUGAUGCUCAUAUGAUCGGCCUCAUCAACACGGUCUAUACUGUCGGUGGAAUUGUCACUGGAUGGUUUUUGAGUGGUCCUACUGCUGAUUAUCUGGGCCGCCGGUAUGGCAUGGGCAUUGGUUGCAUGAUCACCGUGGUUGCGACCUUUUUGCAAGCCUUUCCACCAGCCAAGGGCCGGCUCGCCUGUUUUAUGGUUGGUCGAGUCUUUAUUGGUGUCGGAACUGCUUUUGCCAUCACUGCUGGCCCCAUCUAUAUCGGAGAGGUGACUGCCUCCAGCAUCCGAGGCAAAGUCAUGUCUUUCUGGCAGAUGUUUUUCUCAGUCGGUUCCUUUAUCGCGUACUGGAUCAACUUUGCCUGCGCCAGGAACCGGGACAAGCUGGGUCACUGGGACUGGAAGAUGGUCGUCAUCUUCCAGCUCAUGAUGCCACUGGUCAUCUGUGCCCAACUCCCCUUCCUCCCCGAGUCCCCCCGCUGGCUCAUCGCAAAGAAAAACGACUAUGCAGGGGCGAAAGCCGCACUGAUGCGAGUACGCUCAACGGAAGAAGAGGUUGACGCUGAAAUCCUAAGCAUCCGCGAAGCCAUCGCCUACGAGAAGGAAUCAGCCCCCAACAAGCGCGAAGUAUACCUGGCCCUGGUCAAGAACAAGGCCAUCCGCAAGCGCGUCAUUCUCGCCUUCAUCAUCAAUAUCGGUCAGCAAUUGACCGGGCAGGGAACACUCAACUCGUAUUCUUCGACGAUUUACCAAAAGGUGUUUACCAAUGUGGAUACGAUCAAUCUGAUUAAUGCUCUCAACGGCACGUUUGGCAUCAUCUUUACGCUUAAUGCUACUUGGACGGUUGAUCGAUUCGGCCGCAAAUGGCUCUUCAUGGUUGGAGCCUGCGGCAUGGCCAUCUGCACCAUGCUCAUCGCCGUCGUCGGCCUCACGACCCCGAACGUCAACGGCACAAAGACUUACGGCGUCGGCGUCGGAAUCGCCACGCUCGCGUUCGCAUUCGCCUUCUUCUUCAAGCCAUCCUGGGGCGCUGUCGUCUGGAUCUACACGUCCGAGAUCUUCCCCAUGCACGUCCGCGCCCAGGCAACCGGCAUGUCGGUUCAGAUGCAGGGGGUCGCGAAUACCAUCUUUCAGCAGUUUUUCCCCAUCUUCUUUCGGAAUGAGGGGUUGAAAACCUUCUUCUUCUUCAUGACCACCAACGUCUGUCUGGUUGUCUUCACCUACUUUUGUCUUCCCGAGACCAAAAAUGUGCCCCUGGAGCAGAUGGACGCCUUGUUCGGCGACGUCGACCACAUCGCAAAGGGCGCCGAGCUUAUGGACGACACCCUCGGCGAUAAGAAACCCGAGGCGGCUGAGAUUGAGAUGGCUCCAAGGAGGCAGGCGUCGGUGUAGGGUGCUGGAAUUAUGCUUGGGAAUAGUAUUUGCUGGGAAUCUCUGUCAAUUCGCUCUUUGAUUCCCGCAAUUCAGAAGGAGGUGGAAUGGGAAGACGCUGCAGGACUUUUCACCUUCAAUUGUCUUUUCGAAGGGACCUGACAUUAGUAAAUAGCUUACCAAUGCCAGUAUUUUGUGCUCAC